AUGACUGACACUGCCGUCCGCAGUAGUUCUGGCCGCUGGAUGUACCCCAGCGACCGACCCCUGCAAGCAAAUGAUGAGGAACAGCUACAGGCAGGCUGGUCCGUCCACCCCGGUGCCCAGACAGACAGACAGAGGAAGCAAGAAGAGCUGACUGAUGAGGAGAAGGAAAUCAUCAACAGAGUCAUUGCUCGGGCAGAGAAGAUGGAAGAGAUGGAGCAGGAGAGAAUUGGGCGCCUGGUGGACCGGCUGGAGAACAUGAGGAAGAACGUGGCGGGAGACGGCGUGAACCGCUGCAUCCUGUGCGGGGAGCAGCUGGGGACGCUGGGCUCCACCUGUGUGGUGUGCGAGGACUGCAAGAAGAAUGUGUGCACCAAGUGUGGGGUGGAGACCACCAACAACCGCCCGCACCCCGUGUGGCUCUGCAAGAUCUGCCUGGAGCAGAGGGAGGUGUGGAAGCGAUCUGGAGCAUGGUUCUUCAAGGGUUUCCCCAAACAGGUCCUUCCACAGCCCAUGCCUAUAACGAGGAGCAAGGCCCUGCAGCCCGGUUCGGAGCAGCACACUUCGGAACCCAAGCCGGCAGUCCGACCCUCAACCCAAGAUGACACUGAGGAGAGAAGGAGCCUCGGUCAUAAGACAGGCCCCGGCCUGGCCUCUGCUCCUGGGCGAGGGAGCUACGGGCCUCCCGUGCGCAGGGCCUCUGAGGCCCAGAUGAACACACCACCCAGGGAUCCAGAGAGCCGGGACGUGGGCCAUGGCGGAGGCGCUGGGGAUGCCAGCCGCAGCCCGGCAGGGUUGAGGCGAGCCAACUCCGUUCAGGCCUCCAGACAGACCCCAGCCUCAGGGCCGAGCCCAGCGCCCCCUCAGCCCGCACAGCCAGGGCCCCCCAGGGGCGGCAGAGCCCCACCAGCACCGGCAGGACGCCUUCCAGAGCAGAGGCCAGAGGGGACGCCCAGUGACCCCGGCCACCCAGGGGCCACCGGGCCACCGCGGGAGGACAGGACGGGGGCAGCCGAGGGCUUCGCCAUGGCUGGAGCCAGGGAGGACCGUGCCCACCCGCCGGGCCGCUAUCCCCAAGUCCCUGCGGCCUCCGCCCAGCCAGCCCCCACCCCCGCCCGCCAGCCGCCACCCCCCGAGGAGGACGAGGACGAGGCCAACAGCUACGACUCUGAUGAAGCCACCACGCUGGGCGCCCUGGAGUUCAGCCUUCUCUACGAGCAGGACAACAGCUCCCUGCAGUGCACCAUUAUCAAGGCCAAGGGACUGAAGCCCAUGGAUUCCAAUGGCCUGGCUGAUCCCUACGUCAAGCUGCACCUCCUGCCAGGGGCCAGCAAGUCCAACAAGCUCCGGACAAAGACCCUACGGAACACGCGGAACCCAGUCUGGAACGAGACCCUGGUGUACCACGGCAUCACCGAUGAGGACAUGCAGCGGAAGACGCUCAGGAUCUCGGUGUGUGAUGAGGACAAGUUUGGUCACAAUGAGUUCAUCGGGGAGACCCGAUUCUCACUCAAGAAACUGAAACCCAACCAGAGGAAGAAUUUCAACAUCUGCCUGGAGCGGGUGAUCCCUAUGAAGCGAGCAGGGACCACCGGCUCAGCCCGCGGCAUGGCCCUCUAUGAGGAGGAGCAGGUGGAGCGCCUGGGGGAUGUGGAGGAGCGCGGGAAGAUCCUGGUAUCUCUGAUGUACAGCACGCAGCAGGGCGGCCUCAUCGUGGGCAUCGUGCGCUGUGUGCACCUGGCCGCCAUGGACGCCAACGGCUACUCAGACCCGUUCGUCAAGCUGUGGCUGAAACCGGACAUGGGGAAGAAAGCCAAGCACAAGACUCAGAUCAAGAAGAAAACCCUGAACCCCGAAUUUAAUGAGGAGUUUUUCUAUGACAUCAAACACAGCGACCUGGCCAAGAAGUCACUGGACAUCUCGGUCUGGGACUACGACAUCGGCAAGUCCAACGACUACAUUGGAGGCUGCCAGCUGGGGAUCUCAGCCAAGGGCGAGCGCUUGAAACACUGGUACGAGUGUCUGAAAAACAAGGACAAGAAGAUCGAGCGCUGGCACCAGCUACAGAACGAGAACCACGUGUCCAGCGACUAG